GCCAGUAAGAUGAGUAGAUCUGUGAGUGUACGCAGUGUGAAGCGCUUGAAAGGACCUUCAACGGCGCCAAGGGGGUAUAUUCCAGUUGCAGUUGGAGUAAAUGAUGAAACGAAGCGUUUUAUGGUGCAUACCACAGCUUUAUGUGAUGCAGAAUUCUUGGAGUUGCUGUGUAGAUCAGCUGAGGAAUAUGGUUUCGGCAAUGAAGGCAUUCUCAGGAUUCCUUAUGAUGCAAAGGCUUUCGAGGAACGGAUGAUUAAAGGGCCCAAGCAGAAGAUGCUCAAGGUUCGGCCAACAUAGACUAGCCAAUAUUGUAUUCCAAGCAUAUCCCAUGUCUAAUUUGUUUCUCUUCUUCUUCUUCAAAUAGUAGGUAGGACAACAGUAGGCCUUUGUAAACGGAAAAACAUGGUAUAUACAUGUAUUCUUGUACAUAUAGAUGA